CUACAAACUGACGUCAUCCGUUAGGCUCCGCCUUACGCUGCAGAACGGGACAAAUGUGUUGACGCAGAUGAAAACUGAGUGUUAAAUAUUGACUUGUAAUAUAACGAAUGUACCAAAUUAAGGUAAAUACUGCCAGGCGCCUCUGAUGAUUUAGCUUGUUUUACUUUGGGGACUUUCAUAAUCAUCUGCAGAUUUUCUACCCCUUGUUUGUGUGAUAGCAUUUCUGGAAACAUCACAUCGCCAAUGUCUGCAGAGAAAAUGGGGACAAGAGGACUGGGGAAUGAAGAAAAAGAAGGCGCUCUCAGUCCAGAGGACCUAUCAGAGAUGCUUGCAGCAGGGACCAAAGAAGUUCACGAAAAGGCGGAAAACACGCAGUUUGUGAAAGAUUUCCUCAGGGGACGAAUCCGCAAAGAGCUCUUCAAGCUUGGCGCUGUGGCACUUUAUUAUACAUACACUGCCAUGGAGGAGGAGAUUGAAAGAAACAAGGACCACCCCCAGUUUGCUCCACUCUAUUUCCCUGCAGAAUUGCACCGUCAUGAAGCUCUGGCUCGUGAUCUCGAGUACUUUUAUGGUCCAGAAUGGAGGAACCAGAUUACAUGCUCCAAAGCCACCCAGUGUUAUGUAGAUCGUAUCCACCAGGUAGGGGAGGAAGAUCCGGUGUUGCUGGUGGCCCAUGCCUACACUCGCUACAUGGGGGACCUGUCUGGGGGGCAAGUGCUAAAGAAAGUCGCACAGAGAGCUUUGAAGUUGCCUCCCACAGGAGAAGGCCUGGAGUUCUAUCAGUUUGAUGGGAUCCAUAGUGCCAAAGCAUUCAAGCAGUUGUACCGAAGUCGGAUGAAUGAGUUGGAACUGGACAUGGACACAAAGAAGAGACUGGUGGAUGAGGCUGUCAAAGCCUUUCAAUUCAACAUGGAGGUGUUUGAAGAGUUGGAAGAAAUUGGCAAAACAUUUCAAGAGGAUGUUUUAGAUGCUGGGAUGCCAGUUCAUGGAGCAAUGGACGGAGACAUCAGCAAAUGUCCAUACUAUGCUGCCAAAAUGGCUGCAUCAGGAGGAACAGCCUACAUGUGUCAGAUGGCCAUGGUUGUGCUCCGACACCCAACAGGGCAGGUCCUGUUUGCCACCUGGUUUGCUGCCUUGGCUGGACUGGCAGCAUGGUAUCUGAUGUAGAAUCAUCUGCAGCUGUGAGACAAGUCUUUAACAAAGCACAUCAAGGAGAAAGAUUUAUUUUUUCCAACUUUUGAUCAUAUUCCAAAUCACCUUUUGAUUGUUGUUUUUAGAAAUUAGGAUUCCAACACCAUUCAUUUUGUCAAAGCACACCGUAUUGAAAGAGACUUGGCACUUUGCCUCCCCACUGAUGACUCUAGAGCUUUUACAACAAUGAAAACUUUCAAGAGAAACUGAAAAUAUAAGAAAAUGCCAAGUAAAAGCAAUAUGGUGGAUAAACGUUGACCAACGUUACACUGAGACUAUUAAAAAAUAGAAUUAUUUUUGCUGUAACUUAUUUUUCUCUUAGCAAUGAUGGAUUUAUGGGUUGUCUUAACUUCAUAAAUAAGUUUAAAAUGAAAAUAUUCCAUCAAAAUAAUCUUUGUUUCUAAAAGAAACUCUUUUGUUUCCAAACUCCCUUUCUGAAUUUUAUUUUGCUAAAACUGCUGUUUGCCUCAAACCCCACAUUACAUUUACCUAAUUGCAGUUGCUGAGUGUUUUUUUUUUUCUGUGCAUGAACAAAAAACCGAUAAGAUCAUCCUCCCUUAUCGCAACAAACGGUCAUUAUCAUAAUUAUUGAGGCAGACCUAGAUUGAAGAGGCGUUUUCCUCCCCCGUAGCUAUUAUAUCAUGACAUUAGCAUUACAAUGUGUUACAUUUGUUAACAGUCAUGAUUUAAAAAUAAAAUACUGUGUUUGCUUUUGUUAGACAGACCGUCCCUUUGAUAAGAGUUUGAAAAAAACGGUUUUAUGUGGAAGUGGAUCUUUAUAUUUAUACUUUUUUAUUUUAGCCUAAAUCUAUUGAAAAAAAAACACUUGAGACAUCUGACUGGAACUUGAGAGCGUUUCUUUGACAAGUGCAUGAUAAACAGCUUUCAAUUCCUAAUGAAUAUUCAGAUGAUCAUCUUUCCAGGUGCAGGUUCACUUAGUGUCUGAAUUGUGUAAUGAUUGUCUGCUUAAAACUAGAAUAGAAUGAUUAAAAUGCACAUUUCAGGUGAGAUUUAUCGUGUUAGAACUGUUUAGGUCAGAAACGGUUUCCCUCAGGCCUUGGAAGGGCUCAAAACUCCAGCUUUGUCCAUUUUAGUUUUCCAGUGUGGUUGGAUCUUCUGGAAGGAGCCUAGCAUGAGGUACAAAUUUGACAGCUGAACUUUAGUAUUUUUAAUUUUAGUAUUUACUACUUAAAGCGGAAGCAGUGUGGGCCUCCUUAUAUUAUGCAACAUGGGGUCUGUAAAUGGGCUUCUGUAAAUUUCCAUCAAUUGCACACUGGCCUUUCAGAAGCCCUCACAUCUGCUUUUGUAUCCGUUUGUUGUGGAUACUCGACAGCACUUCAUUAACCAACAUGAUGGGUAAUCUAUACUGCAUUUCUGAAGGCGCGGAGGUGGAGAUUAGCAUCCACUUUCCAUUGUUUUUUUUGUUUUGUUUUUUUUUUUAAGCCUAAAAGGAGAGAAAUAUUUUGUUAUUUGUGCAGUUUAUGGUGUAAACGUUCACCAGAUGUUUGAUCUUAUGCUGCCUGAUUGUCAUGGGAGGAAAAAGAAUCUUAAUUAUUUUAAGAAUGUUUAAGUCAAAACACCAAAGCAAACUUGUUUUUUUUUUGCUUUUAGCAUGAAUUAUAUUUUUGGAAAAGUUCAUUUAUUUGUUUACUUUUCAGAAAUGAAUAAAGAAUAAUAAAUUCAACUGUAGGACCACAGAUGGCAAUAGUGGUUCAGGUUAAAUUAAUUUCGAACAGAGAUGCUGUUUAUUAAAUCUCUGUAUUCCCACGUUUAUCUGUUGUGUAUUACAAAUUAUGGAUGUAAAAUGAAAUGUGUAUCUCAGGAGGACAUGUAGAGGCCAUAACUGUUUGUUUUAUUCGAAAUUUUAACGGGUCCAUCAUCUUUGCACCUAAUCUGUUUUAGCAGUAACUGGCUGUGUAUUCAUAAAAUGUAACAUGUGCUACUGUCAGUAAUAAAAUAAACUCAGUUUUCCUUUUCCCUCC